AUGAAAGGUACUAAUAGAGGGUCAUCGGUUUCACCGGUCGAAAGUAAUAAAUCAAGAAGACUGACAACUGAUUCAUUGAGCAUUGAAAAAGGAGUAAAGGAUGAUUCCGGAUUGAGAACGAGUUCGAAAAGUGGCGACCGGAAGAAUGAAAUGAGGAUCAGUACGAGACGAAUACCCUUCUUGUCGAUCUAUCGUUAUACGAAACCUUUCGAUUGUUUUUUACUAAUGGCUGGCAUUCUGUUGAGCUUAGCUCAAGGGUCUCUACAAGCUGUUCAAACAAUCAUCUUCAAAAGGUUAUCGGACACAUUGAUCGAAGGUCAAGCAAAGUGGGGAACAGAAGACUUUGAUGAGUUGAAGUUUCAUAACGGAGCAGUAAUAGCUGUCUAUAUGUACAUUGGGUACGGUAUUGUAAUACUCAUCCUGGCAACCAUUUCUAUGACUUGCUGGCAUACAGUUUGUGAGCGGCAGAUUUACCAAAUUCGUAAACGUUAUUUUGCGGCGGUACUACGACAGAAUAUGAGUUGGUUCGAUACACAUCCAUCUGGGGAACUGAUAACGAGGAUGUCUGAUGGAAUUGAUAGGAUAAAAGAUGGCAUUGGUGACAAAGUGGGUAUUUUAUUUUCAUAUGGGGCGGCAUUCGUCGGUGGAUUAGUCGUUGCUUUCAUAUGCAGUUGGCAGAUGACAUUGAUAAUGAUGGUUUUUAUGCCGAUACUGACCGCAUUAACGGCUUUCUUGACAAGAUUUGUAUCAAACAGUACGCGGGAGGAGUUGCAUGCAUACGAGAAAGCGGGAGCAAUAGCUGAAGAAGUAAUUGUUGGUAUUCGGACAGUCAUUGCUUUAAACGGCCAGGAGAAGGAGAUUGAGAGGUACAAAAAUGAGUUGAACAAAGCGUCAAAGUUUGGUCGACGUAAGGCUUCGUUCAUCGCGCUUGGAACUGCUUGGCUCUUCUGUCUUGUCUUCGUUGCAAUGGGUAUUGCAUUCUGGUACGGUACAAAGUUAUACAACGAUGGCUUCAUUCAGCCAGGUGUUGUAUUUGCCACCUUUUGGGCAGCAAUAAGUAGUACUUUAUCACUCGGUAUGGCUGUGCCACAAAUUGGUGCGAUAAUGAUUGCUCAAAAUGCAGCUAGUUCCAUUUUUGAAGUUAUUGAUCGGAUACCAGAAAUCGAUUGCCAAAGCUCAAAAGGAAUAAGUAUAGCGAAUUCGAAAGGUGAAAUUGAAUUUAAGGAUGUUCAUUUCUGCUAUCCUACAAGACCGGAGGAAGAGGUCCUGAAAGGAAUAAGCUUUACGGUGAAAGCAGAGCAAUCAGUGGCGCUAGUGGGUUCAAGCGGAUGUGGCAAGAGUACUUUAAUUGGAUUACUACUUCGAUAUUACAGUCAAGGACGUGGUGAACUGACAAUAGAUGGCAUUCCGCUCGAGUCGAUGAACAUUCGAUGGUUGCGCCAAAUGAUAGGUGUGGUAUCGCAGGAGCCUGUACUUUUCGCAGCAACUGUUGAAGAGAACUUACGAUUCGGAAACGAGAAAAUGACAAUUGAAGACAUGAAACGAGCAUGUCAGAUAGCAAAUGCACACAAUUUCAUUGAAGAACUUCCAAAGGGUUAUAAAACACGUAUCGGUGAGGGUGGUGUACAACUAUCCGGUGGUCAAAAACAACGUAUCGCCAUAGCUCGUGCUCUAGUUAAAAACCCGAAGAUUCUGCUUCUGGAUGAAGCUACCACUGCCCUGGACUCUAGAAGCGAGAAAAUCAUACAGCAUGCUUUAGAAAAAGCUAGUGCCGGACGUACUACUCUUACGAUAGCACAUCGUCUUUCAACAAUUCGAAAUGCAGAUCUUAUCAUUGUACUGGAUCAAGGGAAAGUCAUUGAAAGAGGUACACACGAAGAACUAAUGUUAUAUGGUGGAGUAUACAAAACAUUGGUACUUGCUCAGGAUGUUGAGAAGUUAACAAAGGAAAAUGCACCUAAUUUUGAAGAAGAGGCAGACGCAGAUGUAGACAUGAAAAGUAUAGGAAGGACGAAAGACGAUAAAAUGACGAAGCAUUUGUACUAUUGCAAUCAGACGAAACAGGCACUGUGUCCAACUGCUAGCUAA